AUGUUCGUUAAAGACAGUGAAUUGCAUUUAUAUAAUAAGACACUAUUGAAGAAUUCCAAUUAUAUUUGUUCCACUAUAGGCGAUUUCUACACCGACAGUACCAAGAUCGAUACUGCCAAUGAAAAACAUCGUAAAAGAAAAGAAUUACAAAUUGUAGUAUGUACAGAAUCCCACAUAGAAUUAUAUGACACCGAUAUAAACGAUAAUUUAAACAAAAUAGCAGAAAUCCCAUUCUUCACAAUCAUUAAGAAUGUCGAUAGAAUACCGUCUAAAUCAUUAUCUUCAUAUAUGAAACCUGAUCUUUUAUUAUUAACUACAGACUCUGGUUACGUAACUAUAGGUAAAUUUAAAAAAAAUAGUAACAACGGUAUUUCUGCUGCCAGUAUCGAAUUUAUCACCUUGUUUAAUGAGCCCAUAUUCAGAAGCGGCAUUAGAAGAUUAUCUCCAAUUUAUUAUACAAAUGUUGAUCCUAAAAGUAGAUGUUUUAUAUUAAGUGGCAUGGAACGCAACAAAACCUGCUAUCUAAUAGACUUUAAUAGUGAUGGGUCGCAUGGAGUUGAUAUAUCUAGCCCAAUUGUUUCUAACACUCCGCAUAACUUUGUAAUUAAUUCUACAGCGUGCGAUGUUGGACUGGAUAAUCCAGUUUUUGUGUACCUUGAAGCACAAGUGGAGAACAAUUAUAAUGACAAUUCAACUUCGGCGUUGUUUUGUAACUUUUAUUCGUUAGAUAUGGGUUUAAACUAUAUCUCAAAAAUAUCUGAGAUCCCAUUAACAAAUAAUGAACACUUUAUAAUGGGUUUGCCCAAUUUAGAAGAAUAUGGUAUCUACAAGAAAAGUCACCUAUCAAAUAAGAUAGAAAUGGAAGAGUAUAAAAAUUCGUUUGUUUUGGUUAAUGGUGAUGAUGGUAAAAUCAGAUUACUAGAUUGUUUCAACAGGUUGGGUAAAUUUGUUGAAAUUUCCAUACCCAAGGACUCCAGCGGUGUUAUUCCUAAAAUAGUUUGUGGAUCCACUCAAAGAUUGAAAAAUAGUUUUUUUCUUUUAUUACAGACAAAUCUGGGUGAUAUUUUUAAGCUAGUUAUUGAUGGGAAUAUUAAUGAAAAUUCAAUUAUUUUGCAUUUAGAUUACUUUGACACCCUUCCGUUGAGUUUUAACUUGCAUAUUUUGAAAAAUGGUACAUUGUUUAAUGUUCCAGAAUAUGGUGCACCAACUUUAUAUCAGUUUGAAAGUUUGGGCGAUGUUACUGCUGAGGAGCGCAGCACUUUUACAAGGCAUGGAAAGUUAAAAAAUUUGUCAAUAUUGGAUUCAAUCAAAUGUUCCGCAAAUCCAAUUUGCUCGUCAAUUGUAAAUAAUAACACUCCGCUAAGUUUAAUCACGCACGGAUUUGAAUCUGAGCUUAUUCAAUGUGGCAUCAACUGGUCAGAAGUGAUAUCCACCGAUUUACCAACCACACCUGAAAACCUUUGGUCUAUUAAGAACACUAGUUCUAAAGGCAAGCCUUUGACUAAGUUACUGUUUUUCGGUUUUCAACACUCACUAAGUAUAUUAACUAUUAACAAUGGUUCUAUUGAAGAGCUAGGAAGGGGUGAAGGUGAGGAAGAAUUCCCCUUUAUAUUACAAGAAGAAAAAACUUUGCUUAUAUCACAUAUGGGACUAAAAUCAAUUUUGCAAGUUACUAACAAUUUAGUAUUACAAAUCACACACAAUUUGGAGUAUAACAAAUUUACUGCAAAGUUGAGGUGGUAUCCUCCAGCUGGUGUUAAGAUUGUUGCAGCGUCUACUUCAACAACACAACUAGUUGUUGCAUUGUCCAAUAAUGAAAUUGUUUACUUUGAGAUGGAUCGAAAUGAGUCAUUAAAUGAGUUUCAAGAUCAUAUAGAAGAUGAUGAUGGAAACACCGAUGGGUGUAUUUCCUCUAUUGCAUUGGUCUCGACUCAAUUUAGAUGUGAUUAUAUGUCCGUGGUAACUUAUAAACGGGUUGAUGGUAAUGAGAAAGAGGAAACUUUGGUGAAAAUUUAUAGUUUGAAGGCACAGGAUGAGGACACUUUUUUGGAAAUGGUUGCUAUGCAAUCUUUAAGUUCUUUUUGUGUAUCCAAUAUAAUUGUUGAUAGUAACAGUGGUAGUUAUCUUUCUUUACAUCUGGGUCUUCAUUCUGGUGUUUAUAUCUGUUCAAAAAUAAGCAAAUUUGAUGGUUCUUUGUUUGACGUUAGGAAUAAAUUCAUGGGUUCUAGACCAGCAUUGUUAUCUUUUAUAGAUAUGAUAGAUAUUAAGUAUUUGAUCAGGAAUGAAGAAGGAGAAGAAGAAGAAGAAGAAGAAGAAGAAGAAGAAGAAGAAGAAGAAGAAGAAGAAGAGAAGGAGGAGGACGAGGAAGAACAAGCGAAUAGACCAUGUAUCAUUAUUACUUCAAAUAAAUCAUGGCUUUCUUAUGUUGGUCCUGACGACGAAAUAAUAAUAAGACCUAUUUUAUAUGAGAAAAAUUUGAAAAAAAAUGUUUCUUUUAAAACCAUGGAGGUUAAAAGGAAUGGUAUUUGCUCUAUUACACCACAAGGUGCAAUGAUUAUUGGGAAAUUGUCAGAUAUUCAGGAACAGAAUAUCACAACUGAUAACGAAUUUGUUACUAACAUUUAUGAUAAAACUUUUGAUGAGGAAGAGAAUGGUCGCACCAAGAGUACAGUUGGCAAAUUAAAACGAGGUUUCUUACUAAAAGACCUGGAUAACAAUAAGCUUUAUUACAAGCUUGAAAACUUUGAAGAUGGAAAAUUAUGGCUUGGAAUGCUUAUGGGAUCUAAGGUGGUAGGAGAAGUUGUAGUAGAAAAUACUGUUGCAUUAUGUGCACACAUAACGAAAAUAGCAGGUAACAAAUAUUUAUUUAUAUCGAGUAAAAAUGGAUACUUGAAGACUUUCCAAAUAACUUCUAAAAAAAAAAUUGCAAUGAUAUUUUUGCAUGAUACUUUGGUGGAAGACCGGAUUUAUGCAAUGGGGUCAUUUAGAGAAAAAUUAUUGGUAUCUGUUCACAAUGUAUUGGUUUUGUAUGGGCUUGGUAAGAAACAGUUGCUAAAAAAAUCUAUUACUUUUACCACACCCUCAAUAACCAAAGUUACUUGUUUAGACACUUUCCAAAAUAGUAGGAUUGUUAUAGGUGACAUUAAGGAAAGUGUCACCUUUUAUCAAUAUCAUGAAGACUGGAAUGUCUUUUUGCCAUUGGCUGAUGAUGUGAUGAAAAGACAUGUUAUUCAGGUGAAAUUUUUAGAUGCGAGAACAGUUAUUGGUUCUGAUAAGUUUGGUAACGUUUAUUGUUUAAGACUGCCUGACGAUGUGGAAGAUAUUGAAGUUUUUCUAAUAAAGAACUUCCCCUUCAAUCCCUAUACUAAUAAUGUUGGUAUCUAUAAUAAGGCAUUUGAUGAAAAUAAACCAAAUAUAUAUGUUUGUCCAUUAAAGUUACAAUUACUCACCCAAUAUUUUUUGAAUGACAUAGUAACAUCUUUCCACAUAGUUGAUUUGGCCAAUAUGUCUAAUCGUAACGUUAUUGUGUAUACUUGUUUGCAAGGGACCAUAGGUGUACUUGCGCCGCUAUUGACCGAAAAUGAGGUGCGCAUGUUGAAAACUUUGGAGUCUUCCUUAAGAAUAAUAGAUUUAAAACACGAAUUUAAAAUAUUUUAUUCAGGUAGAAACCAUUUAAUGUAUAGAGGUUAUUAUGGACCGGUUAGGAACACCUUUGAUGGUGAUUAUUGUAAUGAGUUUUGGAGGUUAGCACCAAGUAUCAAAGAACAAGUAGUUACACAAAUGAAUAACGAAUAUACAGCAGAGAAUGAGGGCUUAACUGUUGCUGAAAUUUUAAAAUUCUUGAAUGAUUUUAAAAUGCAUGUUAUAUAG